AUGCUUACAAAGGAGUGGACAAGCAAGUCCCUCAUCACCAGAUUUGUUCUCAAUCCAUUCUGGAACUGGCUGGUUACCCUGUGGCCGACAUGGGUUGCUCCCAACACCAUCACACUCUCGGGCCUAUGCAUGGUGCUGCUGAACUUCGCGACAAUGCUGUGGUUCGACCCGACGUACCUCACGGAGAAGGAGGGUGCCAUAGGACCGCCUCGGUGGAUAUACUUCACAUGGGCGGUGGGGCUGUUUUUGUACCAGAGCUUUGAUGCUAUUGACGGGAAGCAAGCGCGGCGUACCGGGAUGGCGGGACCUUUGGGGGAGUUGUUCGAUCAUGGUUGUGAUGCACUGAAUACUACGCUUGAAGUCAUCCUCGCGAAUCGCGCGCUGAACCUAGGCCGUUCAUGGUGGACUGUCGCCGCCCAGAUCGCGACUCUGGCGAAUUUCUACCUUACCACGUGGGAGGAGUAUCACACUGGACAGUUGUAUCUCGGUGUGUUCUCCGGACCCGUGGAGGGUAUCUUGAUGAUCGUGGGCCUCUACAUCGUCUCUGGGAUCUAUGGUACGACUAUAUGGGAUACGGGUUUCCUCACGUUCAGCGGAUUAGACAAGGUACCUGCGAUCGCCGAGAAGGUGCCCGAUAUCGGGUUGAAUGAUCUGUUCAUGCUCUUUGGCACGCUUGGCUUGGCCUUCAACAUCACUAUUAGCUAUAUCAAUGUGUACCGAUCCUGUGUGGAGAACAAGCAAGGUCCAUUUCAGCCAUUGCUACUGCUGCUCCCCUUCCCAGUGUCUGUCGCGAUUGAGGUCUUCUGGUUGGCGUCGCCGUCGUACCUGGAUUCUGCGAUAAUCAACUCGCCGCUGUUCUUGCCGUUCCUGUGCGCAUGGGGUCUGCAGUUUGCACAUCAGGUAUCGCGCGUUAUUCUCGCGCACCUCACGAAGCAGCCGUUCCCGUGGUGGGAUUCGAUGUGGAUAUGGAGCAUCGUCGGCGCGAUCGACGCUAACAUGCCGCUGUUGUUCAAUCUGCCACCAUUGAUCCAGAGCACGCGGUUCAGGACGACGAUCUUCGUGUAUGUGACGCUGGCGGUGUCGUUCCUCUCUUACGCGCGGUUCUGCGUGCUGGUGAUUCGCGAUAUCACGAACUACCUCGGGAUCGCGUGCUUCACAGUGCGCAAGAAGAACGCGAGCGGCGCGUGGGUGGAGGCGUCAGCAGCGAACGGCGACGCGAAAAGGCAGUGA